AUGGCACCUGAGUUUUAUUACAAAGCCGGGCAUGAAUUUCCUGUUGAUCUUUGGGCGCUUGGAGUCGUUAUGUAUGAAAUGGCAUAUGGAAAACUGCCUUUUACUUGUUCCAAGACUGCUGAUGUGUCAUACUAUGUUAAGCAUUGCCCUCCAAAACACAACCAUUCAAAAUCUCAAGCACUCUCUUCACUUAUCUUAAAACUCUUGGAUAAAGAUGAGUACACACGUCUCACAUGUUCACAGGCCAAGAUUCACCCGUUUUACAAUAGUUUGUGCUGGGAUAAUGUGUUCAAUAAAGUGAUACCCCCACCUUUCGUACCACAACUAGCUCAGGUGACUCUCAAAGUGGUCAAUGGCCUUUACUCCGGUGUAAAAACCAAAGAACUUGACAAUCUGGCUGCAGAGACGGCUGCCACUAUGACCACAAAACACCCCGAUUACGCAACAUUAGCUUCGAGAAUUGCAAUAUCUAAUCUACAAAAAGAAACCAAAAGCCAAUUUUCAGGCAAAAUAUUAUCUUAA